GCUGGGGAAUGGAAAGAAGUUAGGACCAGGAGUAGUGAGGCCUGGGUUCAAGUCUGUGGGUACUAUAGCCCCUAUAGACCUAAUUUGGAGCUAAAGUAACCUUGGACUAGUAAAUUAGCCACUAAGAAAACGGGGAGGUUGACACUACAGAUGAUUUUUAAACUCCCUCAAAGAUACUUGUAUGAGAUAGUCCCUUCUUUUGCUAUCCUUGUAGGUCCACAAGUAUGGGCAGCGGUCGGAACCAAUGGCGUAGCGACUGUCUGCUCAGUAGUGUCCGCCCCUCAGUUCUCUGCCUUAGAGGUCAGUCCUGGCCGAAACUCAGCCAAUGGUCCGGGAAGAUGCAGAGCUUCCAACGCCUGGAGCGCAAAUAAGUGGGCGAUAGGUCAUUCCAGGACAAGGGGGAAAAAAGCUCCGAGAAACUACAACUCCCAGGAGCCCAUGGAGUGUCACUCGGUGGCCUGGGCCUGGUGCAUGCUGGGAGAGGUAAACGGUCUCCCCCCGCACUUCAUUGUUAAGGCCGUUCAGGACAGGUAACCUGUGCGCAUGCUCAGUCAUGUCCAACUAGACAACUAGUCAGCUUCUCUCCUUUCCGCUCGCUUCUUUCCGGCCUCGCCCAGGCGUGCUUUUCCCCGCCUCAACUCUCCGCCCUCUUUUCAAGGAUUUUGGAGGGGGCGGGACCUCUGGCGAGCACCUUCCCAGUGGUGUGGACACCGCGUUCACCGGAGAUUAAAGAGGGUUGAGACUAAACACUGGGUGCGGAAGGUGGCGAGGAUACAACACCGCAGAGCAUAUAAGGCGCAUGCGUUCUAGGGGAGGUGCUGCAAAGGUUUGGGAAUUGCGGAGGGGCUGGGCGGAAAUGUACCAGUAGGCAGACGCAAGCGCAUUGGGCCGUCAGCGCCCCGCCUCCUUUUUUAGGUUUCCCCUCCUCCUCCUCCUCCACCGCCCUUCCGGAAGUGCCGCCGCCCUCGCGCCGACCAGCGGCCACCUCCUGCGGCAGGCCCCGCCCCUUACCGGCUCCGCCCCCUGGCUCUCCGCCCCCUCCGCUGGUGGUGGCGCGGGGUUGUAGCGCCGGUGGUGGCGGUUUCGGUGCACGAAGCCGGGAGCGCUGAGUCGUUCCCGGGGGCGGCGGCCAGGCUAUGAUCGCGGGUCCCCGGCUUCCCGCUCGGGCCAACCAGAGUCCUUGUUUCAGCUCUUGCCUGUCCUCGAGCGGUCUCCUCAGCCCGGCCCCAGUGCGCGGUUGGCAGCGGCGCCCCGGGCGCGCCCCCUCCUCCGAUGGCGGCGGAGAUCCAGCCCAAACCGCUGACCCGCAAGCCAAUCUUGCUGCAGCGGGUCGAGGGGUCCCAGGAGGUGGUGAAUAUGGCCGUGAUCGUUCCCAAGGAGGAGGGCGUCAUCAGCGUCUCGGAGGACAGGACAGUUCGCAUAUGGUUAAAGAGAGAUAGUGGACAAUAUUGGCCAAGCAUAUACCAUGUGAUGCCUUCUCCAUGUUCAUGCAUGUCUUUUAACCCGGAAACAAGAAGACUGUCCAUAGGUCUAGACAAUGGUACAAUCUCAGAAUUUACUUUAUCAGAAGAUUAUAACAAGAUGACACCUGUGAAAAACUAUCAAGCGCAUCAGAGCCGAGUCACGAUGAUCCUGUUUGUCCUGGAGCUGGAGUGGGUGCUGAGCACGGGGCAGGACAAGCAGUUUGCCUGGCACUGCUCCGAGAGUGGGCAACGCCUGGGGGGUUAUCGCACCAGUGCUGUGGCCUCAGGCCUGCAAUUUGAUGUUGAAACCCGGCAUGUGUUUAUUGGUGACCAUUCAGGCCAAGUAACCAUCCUCAAACUGGAGCAAGAAAACUGCACCCUGGUCACAACAUUCAGAGGACACACAGGUGGGGUGACUGCUCUCUGUUGGGACCCCGUCCAGCGAGUUUUGUUCUCGGGCAGCUCCGAUCACUCUGUAAUCAUGUGGGACAUCGGUGGGAGAAAAGGAACGGCCAUCGAGCUCCAAGGACACAAUGACAAAGUCCAGGCUCUCUCAUAUGCACAGCACACGCGGCAGCUCAUCUCUUGUGCCGGUGAUGGUGGCAUUGUCGUCUGGAACAUGGAUGUGGAGAGGCAGGAGACCCCUGAAUGGUUGGACAGUGAUUCCUGCCAAAAGUGUGAUCAGCCUUUCUUCUGGAACUUCAAGCAAAUGUGGGACAGUAAGAAAAUUGGCCUAAGACAGCACCACUGCCGCAAGUGCGGGAAGGCCGUCUGCGGCAAGUGCAGCUCCAAGCGCUCCUCCAUCCCUCUGAUGGGCUUCGAGUUUGAAGUGAGGGUCUGCGACAGCUGCCACGAGGCCAUCACAGAUGAAGAACGCGCGCCCACGGCUACCUUCCAUGACAGUAAACAUAACAUUGUGCACAUGCAUUUCGAUGCAACCAGAGGAUGGUUACUGACCUCAGGAACUGACAAGGUUAUUAAGUUGUGGGAUAUGACCCCAGUAGUGUCUUGAUGACACUCCCCGGCAUCAGAUAUUUACUCAAGAAACGGUUCUCAUCCAGAUCCUGCUGGAGCUGUGAGCAGACGUGUGAGAAGAGGAGCUGAAGAGCCCAGCCAAGCUGGCGCAUUGCCUGUACACAGUGGUGAGCUAGGGAGUGAACACUUGGAGGGGACUCUUUCGACUUGUUCAUAGAAUAUAAAAAGAAGAUAUUUUUUUAACAAAUGGUUUAUACAGUCUGGCUGUGCUACAUUGUUUUGAGUAUACUGAAAACUCUGUGCAGUGUUUCAUUUUUAUGUUUUUCAACCCUUCAUUUUAGUUGUUGCUUUGUGUGUCGGAGAAAUGAGGGAAGUGUCUGUUCAGGGUAUUUUUGGUCAUUAUUAAAGCAGUUUCCAUGUUUUCUUCACUUGGGCACGGAUCCUGAGGUCAGCAUCUUUCUCUUGUCUCUGUAUCUGUGUACCCUCCCCAUGUGCCGAUCACCAGAGUGUAUGUAUUUACACUGUGCAUUUGCAGUGUCUCUGCUUUCACAGAAAUCCUCUUAGGUUGAGCGAUUUGGAAAACCAUCCAUGUGGAUUUACCAACUGACUUCUUGAAUCGCCUGAAGAAUGACCUGUUUGUAAUGCCUAACUUGUUCAUGUUCUUGUUGAAUAGAAAUGACCUUGUGUCUCUGUCUCAGCUUUCUCAGCUUUCUCCGUCUUUCCCACGUAAGAAAAUGCCAUGAGAAAGCUCUUCCCAACCAUUGUCGUUACGGAAGUAAAUUAUUGUAACUCCGAGCUUCAACUAGCAGUGCCUGGAUUAUUUCUACUUUAGUUGGAGCCUUCUGAGCAUUUUAUGUUUUAGUUUUAUUGACACAACUCUCCCUCAUUCAUGAUAUUAAAAACAAACACGAAACCCCUAUGUUCUUCACAAAAAGUGUCUUUUAAGAUGUGUUUUUCCGUGUGACAUCACCUCUGACCUUGAACAUGUUCAUUAAUGCGAGAUUGUAUCCUGUCCUGUUCCUCACCAUUGUAUUUUUUUCCCUUUUAAAAACUAGAACACUCUGCACACUUUCAUACUAAAACUGUGUGAUCUGAGACAUGAAAGAUACUGAAUCGUAUGGUUCGUGCUGUGUCCUAUUAGAAAUGUAAAAAAAAAGGGCUUUAGAAAAUCAACUUGAAGGGAAUCCAGUCAAACUUGAUACAGUGAAAUAUUCUUGUGUGUAGUGACUCAACUCAGGAUAUUGAAGUCCUUUUUAAAAAUCUUAUUUUCACCUAUAAAAAUAGAAUUUAAAUGAGUGGGCAAGCAUGUGCUAUGUGCCCGCCCGUUUUAAGCACUUUACGUGUGCCACCUCAGUCAGCCCUCACCUGUCCAGAGCACUGGGGAUCGCUGAGUCUCUUGGGGAUCACCAGGUUAAAUAAAGUUUUGCAGGUAAACAGGCCAGUUACUUGCCCAUCUCUAUCCAAGUCCUACCUCCACAGUGUCCUGUUCACUUCUGAUUUGACAGAUUGUUUUCCCUUUUCUGAGAAAGCAAAUUUUUCCGUCAUGAUCAUUACUUACUUUUCUUUCUAGCCGGGGACGGUACUACCAGCCAUACUUGGGUCCCACGCCUAACACUGACCAAGCAUGCUUCCUAGACAGGGCUCUGCUGCUGCAGCCCUGGGAAGCAGGACCAGUGGGCGUUCUGCAGUCCGCCCUGCACAUGACAGCCACCACCUGAGACUCAGACCAGAUCAGCCCAUGUGACCCUACGCUAAGGGUGUAUGCACGGGCAUACAUACAGGGACGUGAUUACCAUUGUCACUUCACACCCCCUUCCACACCACCCUUGCUUGCCAUCAAGCUGUUACAAUUAAUCUGACUCUGUUCUGCAUGAUUGCUCUAUGAGAGAGCUAUCAAAAGGGAAUUACAUUUAAAAUAUUCAGAUGUCUAUUUUAUAGUUUGUUACUAGAACCUGCAGCCAUUACUAAGUUGUACAUAAUAGAGAACUAUGUCGGGAAUGAAUGCUAGAAAUGGAUCGCUCUGUUUGCUCUUCCUGAACUUUGGAGCGUGGCCUCUCUACAGAGCAGGAGACGCAGUGUUAGGGAGGCAGUAGAUCAGGCACCCCGUAAGCCUGGCGUGGAUCUGAGUUAGGUCUAGAUGAGCUCACACCUCGUGUGGGAAGCUGAUUGUCCCUGUUGGAUCACAUGUGUCACUCUGUCUGUGACCCUGCACUUCACGAGUCAUCUCCCUCCCAGCAUGGCCGUACCCCAGCCCACAGGACCACUCAGAGAUUAAAACCACUUGACACCUCAUUGGUGAUGAGAGUCACAAUCAAAAACCACAGAUACGUCAAGGUGUCUACUGCUCUGCCCUUUUUCUCCUCAUCUGGGUGGGGGCUUGAGCAAACCAACUGUGUGUGUUUGUAAUACUGUGAAUUUUUGAGUUUUACUUUGAGUGUCUCCACCAUUUUUAUAACUCAGAGUGAGAGAUGUGCUGGUGUUGGGUGUCUUCCAAGCAUUUUAUGGAAAUGGAAGCUUCAUUCACUAGGAGUGAAAGCUGGCACCAGCACUGGACUUUUCUUCUGUCUAGGUUAGUUCUUGUUCAUGGUUCUUGUUGUACUCUAAUGGAUUUGCACUUUACAUAUAUUUUUGCUCUGUUACUUCAAUAUACAGAAGUUCUGGCAAGUAAUGCCUAACUUGGCUAUGUUGGGAAAGUGGCAAAACUACACAUAUCACGCACAUAGUUGUUCUUUCUUUGGUAGGAUAAAACCAAUCACGUGAUCUCGCUUUCUCCAAAGAAAUGAUGUUACUGGAAACUUUAACUGCCUAGGGAUGUCUCCACAGUAGCCAAAGUGGUUUUACAUUAAGUCCUUGGAAUUGUGUGUCUUUUUAUAUGAGGUCCAUCAACCAUUAUGUAUUUCUUAUUUGAUUGUUUGAAUUAUUCAAAGAAUCAUAAAAUUGCAAAACUGGAAGGGAUCGUCAGAGAUCUAGAAUGUUCCAAGCACAAAACACUUUAGUCCUACCAGGCAGUUAGAACAGCUGAGGUAUAAAUUAAAAAAUCUACAAGAAAAAUUUUCAAGGAACAAUUGUUUUUGAACAUUACUUGGUAAUGGCAUGAGAGGGAGGAGUGACUUCUAGCACCUUGAAACAGGGAGCCCUCAGAAGGCAGGUUUGUUCCUCUUAUCAUAGGCAAAUUUCACUUCUUUUGGCCCCAGCCCUGUGGUUAUGGGGGGUUACUACACAGUGCGGCAGUUAUUGCAGGUCUUCAUCGGUGUAAACUCCUUCCUACAGUCUGCCCCAUAGACCCCCCAGUGGCCAUAUUUAAGUGGAAAUCCAGGGGCACUGAAGAGGCAUCCUACCCUGUUUGAAGGCUCAUCAGUUUUAGAGUCAAGUUUUCCUGCAGUCAAGGCUAGUAUCAAAGUUCCUUUUUCUUUGGAAAUGCCUCAAAUUGUUAUCUUAAAAUCACCCAUGGUAACUAAUUUUUUAACUUUCUGGAUGCACAGCCCCUCACUGGAGCUGGUGAGGUAGAGCUAGAGACCCUGCAUGUAUGGAAGAACUGGCCUGGAGGAACCGACAUACUGAUUCCAAUUACACAGGCAGGCCAGGCUAAGCGGCUCCCCUUUGAAAGAGGAAACACCUUGACCUAUGGCAGGAGGAGAUUGUUCUAGACAACUGGCAUUACACUAAUAUGCAGUGCCAAGCCUUCCGGUGCAUAAGCAGGCAGCUGCUGCCCUUCAUUGCCCUCUGGGCCUUAAAUCAUUCUUGCAAGUAAUGGGUCAUUUCAGUACAGUGUGGUGAAUGUGAUAAAUCCUCAUUGCAGCGGCACUCUCCCAGUGGAAGAGUGGAAGGGAACAUUUUUCUCAAUUCAAUGGCAGUAAAAAGGGCUCAGGCAGCCACUGCCUCAGAGACCUGGCUGUGCCGAGGCAGGGGCACCCAGCCUCCCACCACGGGCCGUGGCACUUUCUAGUUCCUGCAGUUCUAUCCGUUUGCCUUUUUCUCUCAGUACCCAAGUAACAUGUGUCCAUAGUUUAAUUCAGGAACAUUCACAUUCAUGUUUAAACUUGAGCUCAAUUUUAUAACCAAGAACUAUAUACUUGCCAACUGAGGGGUUUCAGUUUUUAAUUUUGUCUUCAAACAUUAUCCUUACCACUGAGAAGCCUCUUGAGGCCUAGCACACCAAAGGAAUGUCUGCAAAUUAGCUCUGUCCAAAAUUGGCGUGGUACCCUCCGUUGGUUCCCAUGCCAGGGAAUGUUUGAACUGACCGUGGGCAGCUCGUUGUCAGUGAUGUGGGACGGAGAUUAAAGCUUGGAGUAAGGGUUGAAGUCAAUGAUCGUUCUCAGGAUCCCUUUCAAUCCCACGAUCCUAUGAUUCCAUGAAUGUUAUUAUUGGUCCUGCCUAAACCAUUCCCAGUGGCCCACACGGCUGACUUCACUCAGAUAAAUGGGAGCAUAUCACAGCAUGUUUGUCUUCUGUCAUAUCAAGAAAACUGCUUUCAGCAUUUUUCUAUCUAGAGCCUAGGAGGUUUGAAAAAGAUGAAAGUGGAAGUUAAUCGUGGUGCCAUCUCAUUAAAAACAGAUACCUUAAAAUGCUCACCUUUGUGAGCCAAAAAUGUAGCUGACUUUUUUGGGAGAGAAAGUGUCAGGGAAUUGCAGGUUGAUUUAAAAGUUUAAAAUUAGGAUCUGCCCUUGAUAUUCAUGAUUCUCCCCAUCCCCCAUUUUUUUCUUGAUUCCCUGGGAAGCACAAGAGCGUGAACUAUAACACAAAAAGGAAAAAUAGCUUGAAAAAAGUAUUUCACUUAUAUACACUUUUUUCAUUUAAACGGAUGGCAGCCUUAUGUCAGUAGCAUACACCAAUAUGAGGCGAAUCGGAAUACUUGUGUCACUGGUAACUACUGUACUCUCAUAUAUAUUUGUUUUAUGCCAUUUGCCUUGCUUUUUAAAUGACUU